AUGGCUGAGGCUGCAGUGGGUUUUGUUGUCCAGAAACUUGGUGAACUGAUAGUGCAAGAAGCCGUCAGUUUGCAUGGAGCGAGAGAACAAGUGGAGUGGUUGGAACGAGAACUGCGGCGAAUGCAGUGCUUCUUAAAGGAUGCAGAUUCGAAAAAGAACAAGGGAGAUGAUGAGAGGAUCAAGAACUGGGUCAGAGACAUGCGAGAUGUUGCUUUCGGAGCUGAGGACAUCAUUGACACUUUCAUGUAUUUAAAGUUGCGUAGACAACAAAAGCAGCCUGGUUGCAUUGGUUUCAUCAAGAGGUAUGUGUUUAUACUUGAUCAAUUGAUUGGUCGACAUGAGGUUCAUGUGGAUGUUGAAGAAAUAAAAGCUAAGAUGCUUGAGUUAUCUGAAAGUAGAAUAUUAUAUGGAAUUGCUAACAUAGGUGAAACAACUGGCACAACUUGUCACUCCCCAAGUCAAGAUGUGAUCCCUAUAUUGCCUCAACUGAAUGAUGACAUUGAUAUUGUUGGCUUUGAUGACGAGAAAAAAAUGAUGAUCCAAAAGGUGGUUGACAAAAGCAAUGCAAAUCGAUUAGUGAUAUCAAUAGUUGGUAUGGGUGGUCUGGGAAAGACUACACUUGCUAAAUCCGUUUAUAAUGAUCCUGAAGUCAAGAGAGGUUUUGUUGUAUUUGCAUGGGUAAUCAUAUCUCAAGAAUAUACUAUCUUUGAGAUUGUAAAAAAAAUCUUGUUAGCCGUUUCAGGAAUUUCUUUAGAAGGUACAAUCGAAAUUCUCUCAGUUAAUCUUUAUGAAAAAUUGAAGGAACAGAAGUACUUGGUUGUUCUUGAUGAUGUUUGGGAAGAAAAUAUAUGGAAUGAAUUGCAAAAGGUUUUUCCAGAUGUCAAUAAUGGAAGCAGAGUUAUUAUCACCACUCGCUCUUUGAAUGUUAUUAAUAUUGCAGAUCCUACCACCCAACUUUAUGAAUUACGUUGCCUAAAUGAAAAUGAGGCGCAGGAGUUGUUUCUUCGAAAGGUCUUCCCGAGACAAGCUAUUGAAGCAUGUUGCCCGAUUUAUUUGGUUGAUUAUGCUCAUCAGCUUGUUCAAAGAUGCAGAGGCCUACCACUGGCACUAGUAGUCCUUGGAGGACUUGUCUCAACUAAACCACAAACCCAAGAUGCAUGGCAGAAAGUUGUUGCGAGCAUGAAAUGGCAAUUUGUGGAAGGUGGAGAACGGUGUUUAGAAAUACUUGCAUUGAGUUAUAAUAAUUUGCCAUAUUACUUAAAAUCAUGCUUUCUUUAUUUUGGUUGCUUCCAAGAGGACAUAUAUAUUCCUGCACAAACAUUAAUUAGAUUGUGGUCGGCAGAAGGUUUCUUACCAAGAAAAAAUGGUAAAACCACAGAAGAAAUUGGUUUGGAUUGUCUGGAGGAGUUGGCACGAAGAUGUUUGAUCCAAGUAACCGACCGGCAAUAUGAUGGUAGUGCAAAGUAUUGCCGAAUCCAUGAUGUCCUACGUGAUAUGUGCAUUAAGGAAGCCAAAGAGAACAAAUAUCUUGAAAUCUACAAAAGUGACAAUGCCGAUUGUGCAACAAUGCCAAAUAAGGCUCGAAGACUAAUAGUUACAUGUAAUGAGAUUGAGAUUCUAGAUUAUCCUAACUCAAACUUGAGGGGUUUAUUCUUCCAUGGAUAUAGUUAUGAUUCUCUAACCUUCAAAGCAUUGAAUAGACAGCUUGGUGGAUUUAAAUUAUUAAGGGAAGUUCCAUCAUGGAUUGGUCAUCUCCGCAAUCUCCAGACUUUUAUUGUUACUAGUGGCAAUUUAAAGAAGAUAUCAAGUUCACUAUGGAAGAUUAACUGUCUCAGGCAUGUUCAUGUAAAUUAUGACAUUGGGAGGACUCACUGGCAUGAUGAUAUAAAUUAUGGCUAUUGUUCUAUUCUACCAAAUAUGGGAGAUAAUCAACUAAAGAAUUUGCAGACUUUAAAAGGGGUAUGUGCUGGAGAAUGGAUAGGGAAGGUACUGCCUAAGCUCACAAAUCUAAGCAAAUUGAAGAUCUAUGAUAUCUUUGAUGAUCAUGCCAAUGCACUAUCUUCAUCACUCCAAAAAUUGGGUCGUCUUACUUCCUUACAUAUACAUGGAUACCAAAUUCCUUUGGACAUUGUCAUUAUAGCCUUUUCCAAUCAACACUACCUCAAGAAAUUGUCACUCUAUGGAAAUUUGAACUGCAAACAACUUCCACACAACCAUGUUUUUCCUCAACAACUAGUGAAACUUGUCUUGAAGUUCACGGAAUUGGAGCAAGACCCAAUGGCAACAUUGGAGAAGCUACAAUUUCUCAAAUAUCUAGAACUUAGUACAGAGUUGUAUAGAGGCAAAAAGAUGAUAUGUUCAUCAACAGGUUUCCCUCAACUGUUAACCUUGCACAUUGGGGGUUUUGAUGAGCUUGAGGAGUGGAAUAUAGAAGAGAAAGCAAUGCAAUGUCUCAAGAAUUUGUACCUCUGGAAUUGUCCAAACUUGAAGAUGAUUCCAGAAGGACUGAAGAAUGUGCCACUUAAUCAACUGGUAUUUGUUGAAAUACCCGAAGAAUUAAUGAAAAGGAUUAAGGAGAAAUCAGGAGAAGACUGGUACAAGAUACAACAUGUGCCUAACAUCUCCUUUUGA